AUGAUCCAAACCACACACCAAAAAGAAUCUCACUGCACUCCAAACACCAGUCGAGCAUCCAAGGAAGAAGAUCGACCACACUCCUCUCACUCACUCACGCACUAGCUUAGCUUCAAUGGCCAUGGAGAAGGCAGCAGCGGAGAACGCGGAGAAGGCGGCGCCGCUGAAGCUGCUGGGGUCGUGGGCGAGCUCGUACACGCACCGCGUGCAGCUGGCGCUGCGGCUCAAGGGCCUCGAGUUCGAGUACGCGGAGGAGGACCUGGGCAGCAAGAGCGAGGCGCUGCUGCGCAACAACCCCGUCUACAAGAAGGUCCCCGUGCUCGUCCUCCCCGACGGCCGCGCCCUCGCCGAGUCCGCCAUCAUCCUCCACUACCUCGACGACGCCUUCCCGUCCGCCCGCCAGCUCCUACCCGCCGACCCCUUCGACCGCGCCGUCGCACGCUUCUGGUGCCACUUCAGCGACGACAAGCUUGGUCCGGCGGUGGGGGCGGUGUUCGCGUCGACAGGCGAGGAGCAGGAGGCGGCGGUGCGGCAGGUGCACGAGAACCUGGCGCUGCUGGAGGCAGAGCUGCGGGAAGGUGCGUUCAAGGGCCGCCGCUUCUUUGGCGGCGACGAGGUGGGGUUCCUCGACGUCGUCCUGGGCUGCGGCUCCUACUGGCUGGCCGUGUUCGAGGAGGUGACCGGCGUGCAGCUGGUGGACGCCGACGCGUUCCCGCUCUUCCACGCCUGGCUGCGCGACUUCGAGGCGCAGGAGGAGGUUAGGGAGACCAUCCCCUCCGUCGACCGCCUCCUCGACUACGCGCGCGGCCUCCGCCAGAUGCUGCUCGCCAUGGCCGCAGGCGCCGGCGCUCCGGCCGACGCCCCAACCGCAGCUCCGCCCUCCGCGGCGCCGCCGGCCCCCGCCACGGCUGACAUCGCCGUCGACAUAUGACCGCCGGCCAUGCCGUACGUAUACGGCGCGUCGUGUCGUAGUAGCUUUACGUACUAGCUGUAGUAUAGUUCCGCAUGUUGCGCCGCGCCGAGCAUGUGGCGCGGCGCCCUGAUUAGCGCUGCUGCUACCACUCUAGUUAGUUGCGCAGUCUGGCUAGGUGUCGUUUUUUCCUCUUCUCUGUUAAUUUGUUAUGCGUUGUGUUUGUAACCGGAAUCUUAUGUGUUCGCUCGCUUGCUUGUUUA